AUGGAACGCUCGCAGUUUCAGCCAGUCACGACGAAGGCUGAUGCAAGUGCGAUUCUAGGAUGUCCUACGGCUGGUCAGAUGUUGCAGCCUGUUCAGUACGAUUACAUCAGCUAGGGAACGCGUACGGAAAUUUCGUUCCGUCGGGCACUGUUAUGUAUCGGAUCAGUCGUUAUUCGGCAGCCGGUGGUUCGAGAAGUUGGGUACGCGACAGAUAGGGGCGGUGCUGUUUUAGAGCAAGUGACAAUAGUAAAUUCAUUCUAUAUUUUAUGGCUGAUUAUGAGCGUAUUGAAAAGUGUUAUCAUCACGUUGCCUAAAGGCCUGUCGUCGAAGACGCCUGGCGUUAUAUCGGUGACCGAAUUAUCGAAAACCGCGCCGAAAUUAAAUUUCUGCGCUUCUGUACUAACUGAGAAGACGAGAAUGGAUCCGAAGAAACUUACCAAGCAUGAGGAAAUGCAAGACGACGGCACAUCGUUCAAAACGGAUGUAUGCGUCCGUGGAAAGAAACGGCGAUUGGAUCACUUGACGUGGGAAGAAAAAUUACAAAGGAAGAAAUUAAAAAAUAGGGUAGCAGCUCAAACUUCUCGGGACCGUAAAAAGGCGAAACUCGACGAAUUGGAAGAAACUGUUCGAACACUGAGGGAACAAAAUGAAUUGUUGACGCAAGAAUGCUCGAUGUUAAGAUCGCAGAAUGAAAUAUUGGUCACAGAAAACAAAAGAUUGAGGAAGGAAAGAGAGAGCAAGAACGCGGGAGAAUUUGCCUGUUCCAUGUGCCAGAGUCGUCUGUGCUGUGUCCUCACUGGGAUCUACAGUAUCCCCUCACCCUCUGCAGCAGGGUGGAACAACACAGCUGGCACCGUCCCUGACACUAACCCCAGGAGCAACAAUUCUCCUGAAGAUACUGACCAUCUACCUCCUCUUGAAGAAUUGUUUGGUGACUUCCAAGGAGACGAUUACAUCGAACGACUUGAAGAACUUGCAGAGAGCCUGCUACGGGAGGUUACAGCAGAAGUGGAAGCAAAUUCUCAUAGAACAAAUGAACAAGUGUCAGCCAAGGAAAAUACCACUGAGAAAUGUCACUAUCCAAAAAGAGUGGUGGGGCAGACACCAAAAGAUGUGGAAACCAAUGGAACCUGUAGAAGCAUGAGUACACAUCAGUCGUGGCAUCCUGUUUCAAGCACAGCCAGUACGUCUUAUACCACAAGCACAAACGCACCUGUGUCAAUAAAAUCGGAGGUCGAAGUAAAACAAGAAGUCGAAACGCACGAGUUAGACACUAUUUAUGGUACCUACGACGAGGCAACCAAUUCUGUAAUGAUCAUCUAUCCUGGAGAUGAAACUAACGUGAGCAUUCAAGAAUGCGUUCAAGAAGUAGUUACGGAUGGUACUUGUUCAAAUGAAGAUUCAACUUACUUAACGCCGAAUUAUUAUACCAAUCAGUUAUCACCAUGUUAUACAAACACGGAUUCUAUGUCACCAUCGAGCAUACAUUCUGAAGAUGUGGAUAACAAUUACACACACACGAAAUUAGACUCGAACGCAUCCGAUUGUGGAUACGAAUCGCACGGUUCUCCAAAUUCAGAUGUACGACUUGAAAAGGAGAACGUGGGUCUGUCGGAUCUUUGGCACGAAAGCUUUUCUGAAUUAUUCCCAACAUUAGCAUGA